AUGAAAAAUAAUCUUCAAAAUAGCAGGCUUAGACUUAACACUUCUCAAUCUAAUUUCAAUAAUAUCUCAACUCUGCCUUUAGUGAGUGCAGGUCAACUUUUAGUUAAUGCUGGUGGAACUACAGGCUCAUUUAUAUCAACUUCUCAAUUCCUACAAAAUGAAAAGGAAGAAUAAAAGAAAUUCUAGGAUCAAAGGAAGUAACUUAGUGAUCAAGCAUUAUUUAAAAAUGUAUCAUCAGCUGGAAGUCUACCCAAAUCUUAGUUUUUAAAUACUUUCUAUAAUGGAGUUCCUAGUUCAAAUUCAAAGCCUACUACAUCUGGUUCACAUGGACUGCUACCUGGUGGUUAAGCAAAUUUUCUUAAAGCAUACUCGAAUAAGGUUAGAUGGAUACCUCCUCAAACAGCUGGUCCACAUAUCGAGUCUUACUCUAGCGUAACGAACCUUGGAAACCUGAGAGAGAAAAGUAUCAAUGAAACGAUCUCUAAAGUGAGAUAAUUUCAAAUUUCUGAGCAUAGUUUGAGAGACAACUAUUACUAUUUAGAUAAUAUAAAUGAGUUGAUAGACUAAAAACUUUAGUCUUCAGUUGAAAGAGAGCAAGUUUACCAGCAAAAGUUUGAUGACAAAUUUGUAAAGAUUUAGGGUAAAGUUGGGUAAUCACUUCUAUCUAAAAUAAAAAGCUAAGGUACAGGUGUAAAUUCUACAUCUUUAUUGUCAUUUGCAGAUACACCUGAUGUUAGCAUUUCACCAAAUAGUAAAAUAGUCUUGGUAGAGCAAUAGACUUUCUCAAAUGGAGAGGAUAAUAAUGGCAGCUAGUAAAAGAUAAUGAUCUAGGACAAUAGUAGUCAAAUUAAAAACAACAGAACAGUUUAAAAGAAAAAUCUCUUUUAUAGCACCCAACGACUAAAAGAGACCUAAUAUAGGACAACAAGCAACCUUAAGUAAUUGAUGAAAUCACCGACUGAAUUCAAAUUGCAUGCAAUGAAAAAUACGAAGAAACCAUCGGCAAGGGAUACUUUAUAGAGGAGUGAUCUUGCUUCAGAUUUACUAAGCGAAGAUAGGGUUAAAUAGCAUCAAUAACACUUGAGUCAAUUUUAUGGAAGAGAUAUAAGUUACAAAGAUGAUUAAAAACAGAAUUAAAAUACCUUAGUGGCUCAGUAAAGUUCUAUAGAAAAUACUGAUUUAAGUCAAAGGUAGUAGGAGCAGCAAUAAAUUACUAAUCAUUAAUUAACCAACAUAAAAAACUAUCCACAAACAUUAGAGAAGCUCAAAGAGAUGACUGAAAAUUUAGACUAGCACUCUUCUAUGCUCCUUAACAAAAAUAACAUUUCUAAAGUGCCUGAAAGUUUUUAUCAUACAUAAUCUGGAUUCAAUAAGAAUGAUGAAUAGUCUAAAGAGAAGUCAAAGGGAACAAGCAAUGUUGUACUAGAGAAGCAUAGUGAUUAUUAGCAGUUGCUUGCUCAUCUAUAAGAGGACCUUAAGAUCUAAAAAAUUACAGAAGAAGCAAAGUAAGCAUACAGAAAAAGGGAAUAGGAAUUAUUGCUUAGUCUAGAAAAGCUUAAUCUGUCUUCAAGAGUGGAUACUAUUGCUCUCUAGGAUUGGCUUAAUAAAAUGUUAACUGAGAUUAGAUAGAGCGAUUUAAAUAUUCAUGAGCUGUAAAAGUUUGAACUAACACAGCUAAUUUAUAACAUGACGUUCAUUGAACUAAGCAAAUAGGUAUCAGUACAUUGUAAUGAAAGGGGUUCUUUGCUUAAUAAUAUUUGGAAUGCUUUCAUAGAUCUAAUGAAUUCUUAGUUAAGACAUAUUAAGGGUGAAAAAAAUAUUCUAAUGAGAGAGACUGUUACUUGUAUGGAAAAAUUUCAUAACUACUAUGAGAAUUAGAUGACAGACUACAGGGAAGGGACUCUUAAAAUGUUCAAGGAUAGUUAAAACUACAAGAGGAGUUAUGAUAGACUUUCCAAAGAUUUCCAGUAACUAACUAAAAAGACUGCAAAGAUAGGCCAGCAACUAUAAGAGUUGACAACUAUGUACAAACAAAAAUGUUCAAGAGUAGACUUCUUAGAGAAGACAAAUAAUAAUCUGUAGAGUAUCAUUGGUACACUAUAAGAAGAAAGCGAAGAAGAAGAUCCAAAUAUGAUAGAGGAUAACUAUUUCAAAAAAGAAAAGAAGAAGCCAAAGAUUAAGGUAGAGAUGAUAGAAGAUUUCAAGGAGAGAUCUCGAAAGAAAUCUGAGUCUGAAUUAGGCUAUCUGCAAUCUCUUGAUAUAUAGAACCAGUUCAAUUUUAUCAAUGAAGUAGGCAAUGAUGUUGGUGAUUUCUUAUUCGACUCCGAUGCAAAGAGGGACAAGGAGCAAGAUGCACUAAAGAAUGCUGAUAACUUUGCAGCAGCACUUCGAGGUGAAUUCUUCAAAGAUCUUUCUAUUCAAGUUAGAGGUAUCUUGCCAACUUUCAAUCUUAAACUUGAUAUUGAAGUGCCAUUUGAAAAAACAAAAACAAUAAAGCAGAUUUAGGAUGAAAAUUAAGAUAAUGAUGAGAAAGAUGAUUUUUAUGAGUAUCUUGCUGAAUGCUAGUAUAUCAAGCACACUGAUAUGCAAGUAGGUGAUGAUUUAAUAGGAAGAGCAGAGAUAGAUACGUGGAUUAACGAGGACAUAUUUUUUAAGGACACAGGAGUUAAUUUAAGGUUAGAGGAUCAAUAAAUGUUUUUGGAGAGAAUAUAAUUCUUAGAAAACGAACUAAGCAAGCUUGGCUAAGAACUACAAGAAACCAAUUAGAAGCUAGAUUUCUAAAUGACAUUCAAUGACCUCUAAAAAGAUAAAAUAGAGUAACUGGAGCUAGAUAUUGUAAAGAAAACUUAGCAGCUUGAGCAAUUUUUCAAUGAGAUGGAAUAACUCAAUGAGGAAAUGAAUAAAGUAAGAGAGGAGAAAAUCAAAUUUUAGAGUAAGUGUGAACGAUUAAAGACUAAGUUAGACGACUUUAAUCAAAUCAACGAUGAAUUAAAUAUGCAACUUGAAUAAAAACAGUAACUCAUGGAUUAAUAAAGAGAGAUGUUUGAAAUGCAAUCACCUAUUUUUGCUAAUAGGCAUAUGCUUGGCCCAGGUCAUUUAAAGCAUCAUAGUGAAUCAUCAGAUCCUACCUAAGUUGAGUAUAUUGAAGAUGAGAAUGAUUUAUUUUCAAACAAAAGCAUGGUUAGUAGGAAAAAGCAUAGUAAGAUGCCUUCCUCUAGUAUAUUUUUCCCAUACGGAAGCAACAAGGACAAAUCUAAGUAUUAAUUUAUGGAGUUCAACCUAGGAAAGAAAAAAGAGAGACAAUAAAGAGUGCAUCCAAGUCAACUGGCAUUUGAUAAAUUCAAGAAAAGUGGAAAGAUUAAGAAUAUAAUGGCUAAAACUUCGCUGCUUAAAACUAUUACAUAGACAUAUUUGGAUUUGAUUGAACUCAAAAAAACAGCUAGAAUGCCACCUCUAUGUCCUUAUGUCUAUGAUCAGAUGAUGCAUAAAUAUGGUAUCAAGAAAAUAGGUCUGGAUAAAUUCAUCUAACUACUUGGGACAACUGUAAAAAUGGCAAGCACAUCAACUAGAAUAUCAAUAUUUGGAAGACUUUUGCGUGUGGUCAAGCCUCCAUUUGAUGCAAACGAUAUCAAGACUUAUAUUGAGAUUACUACUUAUCUAUAAAAUCUCAACAUUGGAGUCAAGAUUGAUAACUAAGAGGGUGAUGAAUAGCAUUUCACUCCUUUUGUAAGGGCAUAUGAAUGCUUAAGAUUUAAUUUUGAGACUAAAGUUCCUAUCGAUGAGUGGACUGAAAUAAAGAAGAAAUUAGAAAGCAUGAAAAGGCAAGACCCUAAGGGAGUAAAUAAACAAGGUAUAAUAGAGAUUGAUGAAUUUACCGAGAUGGUCCUGCUUUAGUAUCAUAGAUUGGAGAUAUUAGCUGCUGAGAAAGUUCAUUAGCUGUUUUUGGCAACAGAUUUUAACAAUAACUCAUUCAUAUCCUGUGAUGAGUUCUUGACUGUUUACAGAAAUGUUGUUUAGAGUAAUUUAGGGAGAGAGUAUGGAACUCUAAUCUUUUAGGAUUAUAUGGAAGAAGUAUAAGACAAAGAGAAUAAUUGUUCAUUAUUUGGUGUAUCUUUUGACUCAUUCUUAAAACUAGCUCUUGAACUUGAUAUUCUUAAAGUAAAGGAUCAGAGCAUAUUCCUACAACCUCUGAACAUUGAUAAAUAAUUUGGAGACUUGAUGCAGUAGCUUUGGAAGAAGGAGAAAUAAUGGAAGUAAAAGUUAGCUUAUCUUAAACUAGAUAAAAAUACCAGCGAGUGGUUUGAUAAUAUUGACAUGCUAUAAAAGUAAAUGAAGGAUGACUCUCUCCCAAAAAGAGUUCUAUUACUAAGAGCUAAGCUAAUUGAUGAAGAAUUAACCUAAAUGGUUGUUGAUUCUUAUGUUGAGGAAUACUUUAGCUUUGAUUUGAAUACAUUUGUUAGAGUAGGAGUAGAUGAUGCUUAUACUAGAGAUUAUAGUGAAAGGAACAUACUGACGAAGGAAUAGAUUUAAGAAAAGAAGAAGCAAGCUGGCUUAUAAGUACCUUCAAUAAAGAGAGAUGAUAUAGCAGUUAGCAUAUUAGAACAAGAUGAAGAAAUUUUAGAGAGUGGAGGUAACUCUCCUACAGUGGUAAAAAAGAAAAAGAAAGGUAAAAAAUCAAAGAAAAAUGCUGCUCUUUAAUUGGAAAAAUCCGCUAUUGCCUCAUGA